UCAAGUUGGCAGAAACGUCAAACGCGCCCUCGCCGAAGUGAUCUCACGCGGGUGAGAAGUGAUGAGCGCGGAGUGAAUAAAGAAAUCGCAUCUGUGGGCAUGAAAAUGUGGCUUUUUGUUGCUGGAAAUGCAUCCUGUGUAGAUAAAUGCAUUUUGUAUGAAAAACAUCCUCAAAUAGGAGUUCCAGUGAGGAAGGAACACAGUGUGUUUGCGAAUCGAGCUGUUGUGUUUGUGUGAGAACGAGAUGAGAUUCAUCUCGCCCAAGUGAGAAUCAUCGGCACACUGCUCACUAUUGGUGAAAAAUAUUCGUAUUCAUGUUUAACUGCUUUUUUUCGAGCAUGUGCUGAAUGAUUAUUUUGCAAAAAUUUUCUGCACCUGUUUUUACUGAUAUAAUAUAUCUGAGGGAACAUUUUGCGUUGCGCUAACUGAAACUCAUCAGACGGCGGAGGUUUUUCCAGUUUGUUUGCGGCUUUGUUAGAACUAGCGAGGACCAUUUCAUUCAACGUUUCCGCAUGGUGUGAAUUGCUCGCAUCAGACGGACGGGGUUGCAUGUCUACUACCCAAACACGACCGUACGCUCAGUUGAAAUUUCCGUCCUUUCGAGAAGGUUGUGCUGAAGAACGGUUCCCGCAACGGUGUUGUGACUGGAUCGCAAAAAAGAAAAGAAAAUGGCGACUUGCAUCUUGUUAAAAUACUUUUCCUGCUUUUGUUUGGUUUGGUUCGGAAGCAUCGUAGCCGCGAUUCCAGUGCUAGAAUCGGCCCCUGGAAUAGAGAUUAUACCGGCCGCAUUUUCAGAGGGCGAUACACCGCAAUACGUCGUAGUGGAAUUAAAUAAAGGAACGAACACUAACAAUCUUCAACAGGCUGUGAUGAAUGUGCCUGAAGUACAGCAGCCUCAGCCAGUGACUCAGGCACCGCCGGUUGUCCAGUACCAGCAGCCAGCAACGCAGCAGCAGCCACAGUACCAGUACGCACAACCGCAGCCAGUGUACCAACAGUCGCCCUACUAUCGACCCCAACCACAAGUAGUGCAAUAUCCUGCGCCACCUGGCUCACCCUACUACAGUGCACCGGCAUCAAGUUUCUCACCGUACGGAUCACCUCAACCGGGUCCCUACUAUCCGGGUCCCAUCGGAGAAAGAGGUGGAUUUUUGAGUGGCUUAUCCGGACCCGGCAGCGGUUCGCGAUACUCACCGUUCGGUGGUUCACUACCGUCGGGCUUAUCUACCGGAGCCUCGUUACUUGGUGCUGCUUUGCUAAAACUUCAGCUAAAAGGCAACAAUCGCAAAGAGUGCGAAUAAUUUUAGUUUCUUCCGACGUCGUUAGUUUGUCCACUAAAAAUGUUUUUCGUUUCGGGGUGAAUGUUUUUCUUUUGCUCCCCCCCCCGUGUUUGUCGUAAUAAACUUUCCCAGAUUUUUCCACCAGCUGUCAGCUGCCAACGUCAAAACAUGUCAAGUUGGCAGAAACGUCAAACGCGCCCUCGCCGAAGUGAUCUCACGCGGGUGAGAAGUGAUGAGCGCGGAGUGAAUAAAGAAAUCGCAUCUGUGGGCAUGAAAA